ACAGCGCCAGGGUUUUCAGAGCGCGGCGCGUAAAUUCCAUCCAUGCUAGCUGUUCUCACAAGUUCCUGCCUCGCACUGGGAGGUAGAAUCCAAAAAUCCUCGCUACUUGCCAGUGCGCCGGGACGAAGAUCAUCACUCCAUCUUUUCGACCAGCAGCAAUCGAUCGAGCGUCGCUGCGAUGCAAGAAUCCAGGCAGGAGGAGGGCCGGGAUUUCGAAAUAUUUCCGGCCAUGGCGGUGGAUGAGCAAGAACAGGACGAUCCAGGGCCCCGGCAGUCCAAGAUCACGGCCGAGCUGAUCGUCAAUCUCGAAGAUCCCGUCCUCGUCUAUCCGAAAUCCUCGCAAUCGAGCCACCAGGUCUUGUAUCUCUCGCAUCUCGAUCGCCAGGCGCCGCUCUUCAUGUAUAGCUUGUAUUUCUAUCGCGCCGGCGGCGAUAGCGGCGUCUUCAAUCGCCUCCGCGACGCCAUGGAGCGCAAUCUCGUGCCGCAUUUCCCCGCGGCGGGCAGGAUCAGGUAUGGCGAAUCCGGCGAGCCGGAGCUCCACUGCGGGGAUCAGGGCGUGGUGCUCGUGGAGGCCUCCACCGGCGCGAGGAUCGACGAUUUCGGCGAUAUGCGCGACGCGAAUCAGGAAUUCGAGAAGUUCGUGUACAAGAUCCCGCCCAGCUCCGACACCGCUUUGAUCGUGGCCCAGGUGACGCGAUGUGGGUGUGGAGGCUUCGUGAUUGGAUUUGGAUCCAGGCACGAGCUCUUCGACGGGCUGAGCGCGCUCCAUUUCCUCUCGGAUUGGGCGGCGCUGGCGAGAGGAGGGGUAGAAGAGAUCGAGCCGCCCUGUCAGGACCGCCAGCGCCUCCGUCCCAAGAUCAAGGCGGAAGAGCCCGACCGCGCGAUCGAUCUCAGCGAGCUCUACCGCGAGAGGUUCCAGGGGAUUCCACUGCUCCGACCGGGUAGCGCCAGCGCUGCCGAAUCGAUCGAGGAGUAUUUGGGUGCUCGGCACAAGUGCCGCGUCAGGGCCUUGAGCAUCAGCGACGAGAUGAUCCAGCGAUUGAAGGCCAGGGCGAUGGAUCGCGACGAGGGCAGCGCUCUCUCCUCGUGCACCACAUUCGAGGUCCUCGCCGCGCACGCCUGGCUCGCGCGGAUCAAGGCCCUGGAGAUCGGCGAUGGCGAGCGCGCGCUGCUGGAAUUCACCGUCAACACGCGGCCGAAGAUCGAUCUCCCGCACCGAUUCAUGGGCAACGCAUUCAUCAUGGCCUACUCCAACGCCGCCGCGGGGGAUCUCCUCUCGGCGCCAUUCCACGCGGUGGUGGGCGCGAUCCAGAGCGCCAAGGCGAGCGUCACCGAGGACUACAUCUGGGGAUCGAUCGACGCUCUCCGGGCGGCGCACAGCGCCAAGGGAUCGUCCGGGCUGCUGCCAUCUUUCCGGCAGACGACGAUCGUGUCAGAUUGGACAAGGUUCUCGUUCGAUCAGCUGGAUUUCGGGUGGGGCGCCGCGGCAUUCGCGACGCCCGUCGCGAUGCUGCUGCCAGACGUGCUGUUCUUGCUGCGGGAUGGGAUGGAUAAGCGCCGGAUUUGCCUCAAGCUCGGGCUGAUGCCACACACCAUGGAGAAAUUCGAGAAGAACUUCUAUGAUCUGGGCCUGUCAUGAUGAUCCCAAGCGUACGGUAGAUCACUGAUUGUCAUGCCGUACGAGUUCUUCAUCAAAAUUAUAUCAUGGAAUGAAACGCAGUGACUGCC